UUGAUUGAUAUGGUGAAAGUGAGACUCCUGUGGAUCCUUGUUUGAUCGAUGUAUUGUUGAAGAGAUCGAUCCAGCUUUUAUGAUAUUGAGAUAAUAGAAAUGUAUGAUGAAGAUAACAUUAGUAGUUGUGGAAGUGAUGAUCAAAUUCAAGCCAAGACUUGUUCAUUACCCUCCUCACUACAAAAGUGUACUUCUUUUGAUUUGAAUGAAGAAGCCAUUGACGAUGAGGAGACAACAGAGAUCAAUGAUAGCAACUCCAAUGAGGUCUUUGAAAGAGACCAUCCAUCUUCUGAAGGCAAUUCAACUAGCAACAACAACAACGCAAAUAAUAAAGAGAGAACAACGAUCGUGGUGAGACAAUAUGUUAGGUCAAAAUUUCCUAGGCUUCGUUGGACUCCUGAUCUUCACCUAGCUUUUGUGCAUGUCAUUGAAAGGCUCGGAGGACAAGAGAGAGCAACUCCCAAAUUGGUUCUUCAGUUGAUGAAUGUGAAAGGGCUUAGCAUUGCUCAUGUAAAGAGUCACUUACAGAUGUAUCGAAGUAAGAAGCUUGAUGAAUAUGGCAAAGUGAUUUGUCAAACAAAUAGGGCAAUGCAGUACAAAGGAUUCAACCUUCAUGGGAAUUACUUUGGAGGAUCAAUGGACAAUACAAUUAGUCAUCACUACUUACAAUUUCCACAAGCCAAACCUAUAUAUCAUCCCAGAACAAGCUCAUUAAGAUGUAAUUCAUGGGGUUUGAAUAAUGGUCGUUUGGGAAGACCAAAUACUCCAGUUUGGGCCAAAGAUUUUGACAUUCGGAAGAGGGUAGCUGGUACUAAUUCACACUUUGUUGAAGCAAUUAGUGGACCAAUUAGAGCUGGUCGAUUUAUUGAAGAGAAGAAGUGGCCCCCACGUGAAUUGGUCAACAGAAGAAAUGAUUCUCUGAAUGUCGUUCCACAGGCUUCUUCAUGGACUACUCCCAUCUUCAUCUCUCAACCUCAUGAUCUCCAGGUGAUGAAUAGGUGGCAUGGACAAGCUGAAUGCGCAGAUGAAGCAAGUUUGAAUGUAAAAGACAGGUUGAGAGAGAAGAAUGGAUUGCCAAAUUUACAGCUGAGUUUAUGUGAUAAUGGAAGCAACAUGACUCAUCAUCAUGAAACCUCGGACGAGAUUAGCACAGUUCUCUCCCUGUCUUCGUCGUCGUCGUCAUCGAAAAAGGUAUGGAGAUGAAGAAUUGGGAAUUAGUACGUGCACUACUCAAAUUGCAACAGUAAGGCCACAUUAGGGCUCAGUACUUUGGGUCUGACCAUGCAUGUCAACAUGAGCAUUGGAGUGAGAUCUUGUAAGUACUUUGUCUUGUAGGCCAUUUUUGGACAUUGAGAUUUGGUGCUUAAUUUGUCAUUUAAGUUCAGUGUUCUGGUGUAUGAAGUAAAGAUUAGAGAUUUGGAGUUUAUUAGUUGUUGAAUCUUUAGUAGAUUUGAAAUAUUAA